CAGGCGUCCGCCGCCCAGGUGCUGCGCUCCUGCCUGGACGCGGCAGGCGCGGUGCGCGGCGGCUGCGUGCCCGAGCUGAUGAAGUUCGCCGAUCAGCAGCGGGGCAAGCCCGAGCGCCUCGCCGUGCUCCGAGCGCUCGAGCGCUCCGCCUCCGAGGCGCAGCGCCUGUCGCGCUUCCAGGAGCUCGGCGGCAUCGCCCUCGUGCGGCAGUGGCUGGCGGAUGCCUCGGCGGCGGACUCCACAGAGGUCGAGGUCCAGUGCGCCUGUCUCCGGCUGCUGCGGCUGCUGCAGGUGCCCGCCGCGCUGGCCAGGGAGCAGGGCAUGCACGAGCUCUGCGCGAGGCUCGCGGACGGGCUCAGCCAGGCGGCGCCCCUGGCGCUCGCGCUGCUGACCAUGUGGCAGCCACCGGCCGCGCCGGCGGUGGUUCUGCACCGGCCGACGCUCACAGGCGCGCCGCCCGCAAACGUGCGGCAGCAGGCGC